UGGUUGAGGUCUGAUCGAUUUGACUCGUGCGCUCGCCAAUGAUGGAUGGCACCGAAGCCGUAAGCAAAGACACAUCGCAUCAACAUGAUCACUUCACCCAAUGAGCCUGUCUUCCGACACGUACACAUGCUGUGUGCAGGCUGCUGCUGCUGCUGCUGCUCUUGUCACUAUCGACGUGUCAGGUGACUGCACACGUGAUGGGUGACCGACUGCAUGAAUGUAAGAUUUCUUGUUUGCAGGCACGGACGAGUGGCCUUCAGGCGUGGAGCGCGUUCAGGGGACCGUCAUCGACACGGAGCGGACCUGGCCGCAGCUCAAAAAGGCCAUUGCCAACAAGGGAGCAGUCGGCGAAGCACCACCUGGCCUUCUCGAGGACAAAUACUACGAUGGGAAAGACUACUUGUGUCUGAGCCUCCCAGUCAAACAGGUGGGCACCACCAAUGGCCACAUGGGGCAGUGGCUUGAUGUUAUCUGUGUAUGUCACUUCAAGAGCGUGAGGAGGUGGUGAAGAACACCACCGUGAUUGUAGCUGAGGAGCUAGCGCGCAAGGUGACUGAGGAGAAGAUGAAGAUCAUCAUCUACGACAUGCUCUCGCGCGAGGACACCGAGCUGACCGAGACUCAGGAGAUCAUGGACAGCUCCCACCCUCUCUACAGAAGCGCCUCAGAGCGGGAAAGAGACGGAUACGCCUACAUGGCUCUGGCGAAGGACGUCAUACCAAGACACACAGCCAUCGGUAGGCGACUGACGUCGAGCAAACAAUCUGCUUCUCACCUUCCCGUUCUGUGUGGUUGUCUCAGGCCUGUACGGUGGGCGCCUGGUGGCGACGACGGACAGGCGGUGCAAGCCGGAGAACUACAACCGAUUCUACAUUUAUGGCGUGGAUGCCUACCAGACAAAGAAGGGCAAUAACAUCUUUCAUCUUGAUGGCUUCAGAUUUAGAAGCGCCGCCGGUCAGUCAGCAGGCAGGCAGGCAGGCAGUAAAGAUGGGUAACCUUGUGACUUGAUAUGUGUGUGCCUGUGUGGUGUCUCCUCUGUCCAGGGAUGAUGACCCGCGUGGCAUGACGGGCAAGAGCGCCAAUGUGGUGGCUCAGCCUUUUGAGUUGUUCGGCGUCCCUUUCAUCUGCCAUAUUUCACUCAGGGCCAUCAACAAGGACGAGGUACUCACACACGACGCCCGCACAUGCUUCAAAGGACUGACGGUUGAUUGGCUCAGGAGGUGCUGGUGGACUAUGGGAGGGAUUACUUCACAAGUGACGAUUGGAGGGCUCAGGAGAAGAAACAGGUGCCUACUUCCAAUCAAUGGCAGCACACAUGUGUAUAUUCUAUGUUAUCUGCGUCAUUCAGUCGCAGCAAGCCAUGGAGGAGCUGCGUCGGUUGAGGGACCGACAGCCGUUGCUAUCUGACGUCAAAGAAGAGGCAGAUGGUACGCAGGCGUCGCAUUGAUACUUAAGACAUUGCCAGGCAGAUGUGUGUGAAUGUGUGUGCAGCGUUGAAAGAAGGGAUGGCCAAGAAAGACGAAGAGAUUGCCGCUCUAAAGCAGGAGGUGGAGCAGUUGGCGCAGGUGCAAUGUCCCGCCAAGAGGUCACGUGGCGUCGGCACCGAAAGUACAGAGGCCCUCCGUCUAUAGUCCACCCACGUGUGUGUGCUGAUGUCUUGUAUUUACGCACGUAGAUGUGCUACCCGACGGUGACGCCACCAGCUCCAAGAAACGACGUCAAGACCAGCACAAUGGACCAGCAGCACCAGCAGCAGCAGCAGCCAGCAAGGGCGACAACAUUUAUGAGGAGUUCAGCGCCCAGGCGAUUUUCAAUGAGCUGCACAUGCCUGUGACGGCCAUCAGUGACGCCAUCACCCAGCUGCACGCCCGGAUCCGCCAAGCUGACGACGAUGCUCAGCGAGAGAGGCAGAAGCACGGCGCAUCGGACCCAUCAGCAGCGUCGCCCGAUGACAUUCUGCUGCUCAAUGUGGGCGGCAGCGAGUGGCGAGUGAAGCGGAACCACAUGACUCAAGGGGAGGGCGUGGAGGGCACUCUGCUGGCGGCGCUGUUCUCGGGCUGCUGGGACGGCCGGCUGGUCAGUCACGACAAACAGCGUGUGUUCCUCGACAUCUGCCCGGAGGCCUUCAAGACCAUCCAUACGGCCAUCCUCAACGCCGCCACCCUCCGCCAGACGGGUAACGCCGCGUCAGUUGCCACGCUGCUCGACGAGGCAUCGAAGCAGAAUAGCUACACCGGUAAGGGCCAUGAAGGCGACUACACACUCAUCCCCUCUUAUCACACUUUUCGUUUGUCUGGCCGUGGUGUAGGUUCCCAUGGCUUCUGGAUCAAGCUGCUGCUGUCGCCACUGGACAAGGCGGCCUCAGCGGCCCCUCCCGGAGGCGUCGCUGAGCCGCGCCUGUCCGCCACGGACAGCCCUGCCGCGAUGGGCGACGCCGUCAGGACGCUCGAAGCUAUCAUGAAGGCCAUCGUCAAGGAGAAGGCCCGGCUGGAGGGCCAGCUGCUGGCGGCACAAGGACGACGUGACAAACUCGACAAAGAGAUACAGGUGACGAGAUGCGCCCAGAGGGAAAGGAGGCGCCUUGAUGUGGAUCGGUGGCUUGUGCACCUGGCAGGCCGUCAUGCCCUUCCUGGCGCCUCUGAGUGGCGGCGAUGCCAUUCGGUCUGUCGACGUGUGCGGGAGUCUCAUCUCGACGGUGCAGUCCACCUUGGACGAAAUGGGCGACAUUGGGGCUUCACAACCGAUUCGAUAUGUAAGUUAAGCCAACCACACACAUCAUUCAGAUGUCCCUCAAUACGGGGUUUCCGUCAGGUGGUCGCGCACACGUGCGGUUGAGGUGGUGCAGCCCGACCACAUCUGCCGUAUGGUCGAUUACUAUCGCCGCAAGCGGCUCGGUGCGUCGGCGGCCGACAUGGCUGCGGUGCUCAAGAUGGCCAAUUCGACAGAGCAGGCGGCCUUCGACAUCAACACGGCCAUGUACGGCGUUGUCAAGCCCGACACACACACCACACACGGCGCGCAGCAGACCAGGUACGCAGAUGGAGAGCAGCGCAGGAAAGCUGCCCUCGCCGUCUAUCUGUCAUGUUUGUUCCUUUGCAGCGACAUUGAUGGCUUCAUUGAGAUGCCAUCUGGUGUGCGCUAUCGCAUCGUCACGGAGGGCACCGGCAGAGUGCCGACACUCAACGACCGCGUCAAGACCGACACCAUUGCGUGGAGUGACGGAUUCGACGGCCGGAAGAAGGCAUUCGAUUACCGUGGGGAGGUGCGUCGUGUGUCUGAUUUGGCUGAGUGGUGGCGUAAGGCGGUGCUGCCGAUGAGGGAGGGGGAAGUGAGGCAAAUCAAACUGCCACGCGGAUAUCCUUAUCCCCGCUAUGUUGAGCUGCGUUUGAUCAGCAUAGAGUAGGAGAGAGUUCACACACACGUGGGGGCGGCUGUGUGUGUCACACACUCAUGUGUGUGGCCGGGGGCUCCUCCCUCUCUGCCUGGCUGACUGUGUGCCUCGACAUUGUGAGCCACCGAGGGAAUGUGCUGUGAUUUUCGUUUAGCGCAGCAUCGUGUUGUGCGACGUGUGUGCCUGGGGAGCGUGGG